AAUUUACAAUGAAAAGAAAUUUCUGGAAAGUUCAAAUAUAAUGAGUGAAGAAGGUAAUAAAUGGUUAUCUUUGCGCCACGUGGUCCAAUGAAUUCCUAAGAAAAGUAGCAAACAGUUCCGAUCAUGCCGGUAAAAAUCCCACUCUUUUUACACACGCCGCAACUCAAUUGAGUCGACUCGCUGUUCUGUCUCCUUCUCACUGUAAAUAACGGCUCCACAAGAAUUCCAGACUUGUACGCAAACGGUUUCUCUAAAAAUCUGAAGCCACUCCUCCAUCUCACAGAGCUGGAAAAUGGCUUUCCUUCUCUACGGUUGUGCUACUACAGCUGCACACCCUGGCCUCUUUCCCAAUUCCACCACCUGCUCCCUCUCCUCUCAUCCCUCCAAACCAACGAACCCUUCCUUCAGAACAACCAGAUCACUGACUUUCUCUCCCUUGAGGGUGGCUGCUCCUCCCACCCAGCCUGUGACCUCAGAUCAAUCCAAUGAAGAACGUGAGGAUGAAGUUGUUGCGGUUGAUGAUGAGAGGUCGUCGUCGUCUUCCAAGUUCUUGUGGAGAGAUCACUGGUAUCCAGUGUCGCUAAUUGAGGACCUGGACACUAAUCGCCCGACCCCGUUUCAGCUUCUUGGCCGAGAUAUCGUUCUCUGGAAGGAUAAAUCUACUGCUGAAUGGGUUGCCUUUGAUGACAAGUGCCCGCACCGCCUCGCCCCAUUAUCUGAGGGAAGAAUUGAUGAAAAUGGUUACUUGCAAUGUUCUUACCAUGGAUGGUCCUUUGACAAGUGUGGAUCUUGCAAACGGAUUCCCCAGGCCUUGCCUGAAGGACCUGAAGCUCGUGCUGUUGGGUCUCCAAGGGCCUGCGCAACAAGGCUUCCUACAAUGGUUUCUCAGGGUCUGCUCUUUGUUUGGCCGGAUGAGAACGGUUGGGAAAGAGCUUCUGCAACUAAGCCUCCAAUGCUGCCUGAUGAGUUCGAGAAUCCCGAGUUCUCAACUGUGACAAUUCAGCGAGAUCUGUUUUAUGGCUAUGAUACGCUGAUGGAGAAUGUGUCCGAUCCUUCCCACAUUGAUUUUGCACAUCACAAAGUUACAGGGAGAAGAGAUAGAGCCAAGCCUUUGCCAUUUAAGUUGGAGUAUAGUGGCCCUGGGGGAUUUGCUGGAGCAAAUGAUGGGAACCCACGAAUCAGUGCCAAAUUUGUUGCACCUUGUUAUUAUAUGAAUAAAAUAGAGAUAGAUACAAAGCUUCCCAUAGUUGGUGAGCAGAAGUGGAAGAUAUGGAUUUGUUCCUUCAAUGUACCAAUGGCACCUGGGAAAACUCGUUCGAUUGUUUGUAGUGCUCGAAACUUUUUCCAGUUCUCUAUGCCAGGGCCUGCUUGGUGGCAGGUGGUUCCUAGAUGGCAUGAGCACUGGACUUCAAAUAAGGUAUAUGAUGGAGACAUGAUUGUCCUUCAGGGUCAAGAGAAGAUAUUCCUUUCAAAGUCAAAGGAGGGUUCUGCAGAUGUCAAUGAGCAGUACACACAGAUCACAUUUACACCUACACAAUCCGAUCGCUUCGUCUUGGCAUUUCGAAAUUGGCUGAGGCGGCAUGGGAACAGCCAACCUGACUGGUUUGGCAUCUCAAAUCAAGGACCUUUGCCAUCAACAGUCUUAUCAAAACGCCAGAUGUUGGAUAGAUUUGAGCAGCACACUCUUAACUGUUCAUCCUGUAAAGGAGCUUAUACAACCUUCCAGACAAUGCAGAAGUUGUUCAUUGGUGUCGCUGUUGUUUUCUGUGCAACCACUGGGAUCCCUUCAGAGAUGUGGAUUCGGGUCAUCUUGGCCGGGCUGGCACUUCUAAGUUCUGCAUUGGCUUAUGCUUUGCAUGAGCUCCAAAAGAAUUUUGUUUUCGUUGAUUAUGUCCAUGCUGAAAUCGAAUAGAAACUACUGUUUGGAUCAAACAUUUUCCAUGUACUUGUAUUUCAUCCAGUGAGAAUUGUGUAUAGUAUUCAUAUAUGCAAGUGAGAUAAGAAAGAAUUACAUAAUUUAGAUUGUUGUAUUCUUUGUUUGUUA